AUGGCCAAAAGAAGAGUAAAGAAGCGUACCCAUGCAGGCGCAAAGCCCCCUGCUCCUGGCAUGGGUGGCCAUCACACCGCCGCUGCCCUGCAAACCGAGACAAAGGCCCCCAAGAGUAUGGUUAUCCGUAUCAACGCUGGAGAGGUCGGCCCAAGCAUAUCGCAGCUUGUCAGAGACACCCGUCUGAUGAUGGAACCCGGUACCGCAAGUCGCUUGAAGGAGCGCAAGUCCAACAAGUUGCGCGACUUCGUCACCAUGGCUGGUCCUCUUGGUGUCUCUCACCUCAUGCUGUUCUCUCGCUCCGAUGCUGGAAACACGAAUCUGCGCAUCUGCACCACACCCAGAGGUCCCACCUUACAUUUCCGUGUUGAGAAGUACUCGCUCUGCAAGGACGUCCAGAAAAGCAUGCGCCGUCCCAAGGGUCAGAACGGUGCCGAAUACUUGACCUCGCCUCUUCUCGUUAUGAACAACUUCAUGCAAUCCGAGAAGCAACAGGAAGCUGCCAAAGACACGAAAUCCGAGACCAAUGCCAUCCCCAAGAACCUCGAAUCCUUGACGACGACAAUCUUCCAAUCUCUCUUCGCUCCUAUCUCUCCUCAUACCACCUCGCUCAAGACCAUCAAGCGUGUCAUGCUGCUCGAUCGCAAGCCUGCCAAUGACCCCAACGAUCCUCACGCGUUUGUUCUGCAACUUCGCCAUUACGCCAUUAAUGCCGUGACCCCCAAGUCCGCCCUACCGAAAGCCCUACGCAAACUCGAGCAGGCCGACCACCUCAAGCGCGGUGACAGCUCUCGCCUUCCCAACCUUGGAGCCCUCGAUGAUGUUGCAGACUAUCUUUUGGACCCCACCGCAUCCGGUUUCACCACUGCCUCUGAUACAGAGGCCGACACUGACGCCGAGAUCGAGGUCCUGGCUGUCGAAAACCGCAAAGCCAUGUCAAAAGAGGAACGCCAACGCAUUCGUGACGCUCAACGCGCAAAGGUUACUGGAGCUAACGCCGAGGGCGUCAACCCUGAAGGUGCUGCGCGCCCAGCACCCCAACCUCGCAAAUCAAAGACACAAAAGAAGGCUAUCAAGCUACAGGAGUUGGGUCCUCGCAUGACUCUUCGCUUGACAAAGGUUGAGGAGGAACAGAAGCAACAAGACAAGGCGUGGGAGGUCAAGAACAAGGAGAAGGCUGAGAGGAGACGCAUCCAAAAGGAGAACGUCGAGAGAAAGAAGAAGGAAAAGAAGGCCAAGGGCGAAGAGGUCGACGACGAAGACGAUGAGAUGCUCGACGACGAGGACUUCGACGAUGAUGUCUGGCACGACGACGCUGAUGCUGGUGGAGAUAACGAUGACGAUGAAGAAGGAGAGGAGGAAGAAUCAGAAGACGAUGAGGACGAGGACGUGGAGUAG